AUGCGGGCACAGAGUAUGCAGAGGACACUACUCAGUCUGGUCCUCAGACUCCUGCUCCUGUGCAUGGUGGCCACGGGCAAGUGCUCGGGCAAGUACCACGAGCUUCUCCUGCAGCUCCAGCGCCAGGCGGACCUCAUGCAGAACCCCAGCACGCUCCUGGACCCCUAUAUCCACCUCCAAGGCCUGCACAGUCCCAUACUGAAGGGAUCCUGCAUGGAGCGCCUGGGGGACUUCCCCAGCGAGGACGUCCUGUGGAGGCUCAGCAGGCAGGACUUCCUGUGGACCCUCAACACCACGCUGGGCCUCUUCCUUCGCAUUCUGAGUGCCUUGCAGCAGGACCUCCCGAAAGCAGCCCAGCAACAGGCGGAGAUGAACAUCCGCGGGCUCGGGAACAACAUCCACUGCAUGGCCCAGCUGCUGCGCGGCUCCUCAGACCCAGAGGCUGCUGAGCCCACUCAGCCGGGCCUGGGGCCCACACCGCCACCGCCGUCGCUGCCCAUGCUGCCCUUGGACACCUUUAAGCGCAAGCUCAGGAUCUGCGAGUUCCUGCAAGGCUACCACCGCUUCAUGCGCAGGGCUGGGCAGGUUCUCCGGGGCUGGGGGGAGAGACAGGGCCGCAACCGCAGACACAGCCCCCUCCAGGGCCUGCAGAGGGCUGCCCGAAGGACGUGGCCCUUCCCGGGGCUCAGGAGACUCGCGCCCCAGGGCCAGCUGCCCCGGUAG